CACAGCCAGCCGGGCCGUUCGCUGGUCUUUUGGUUUGCCGCCUCAGGUGAAUUACACUGUGUGUCUUUGGAUGGUAGUCAUUAAGAGAAUAGUCUCAGUGCACAGCCUGAGAUGCUUCCUCCCUAUGGUGGGUUUCUUUUCCAAACCAGGACUUCUUUCCUGGUGUGCCAGAAAACCACCAUGUUGGUCACAGCUCUUUUUGAGCACAACAUGUGAAGGAAAUUUCACCCAUGUGAUAGCUAAGAAGUAUCAAAAAGGACAGAAAAGUCAAAAGGAACCAAGCCAUCCUGGACCACUACAUGGUUCCUGGCAGGAAAGGCUGGCUGAUGUUGUGACUCCACUCUGGAGGCUGAGCUAUGAAGAACAGCUCAAGGUGAAAUUUGAAGCUCAGAAGAAAAUUUUACAAAGACUAGAGUCUUACAUCCAAAUGAUCAAUGGAGUCAAUGUGACAACAGCUGCACCCAAAUCUGAUGGGCUGUCUUGUGUUCUCCAUCCUAUUAUACCCUCUCCUGUCAUCAGUGGCUACCGAAAUAAGUCCACCUUUUCUGUGAACCGAGGUCCAGAUGGCAAUCCAAAGACUGUAGGAUACUACCUGGGAACAUGGAGAGAUGGGAACAUCGUUUGUGUAUCAUCUAAGGACCUAAAAAACAUCCCUGAGAAACAUAAUCAAGUGGCACAGGUAAAAAGGAACAAGGGCUGGUUGAAGAUGGAUGACCCAGGACAUUGUAGUCUUCUAACUGCAGUGACCCUGACAUUUUAAUAAUAGAGCUGCUUCUAGUGCU